ACACCUUUAUUCCCUCCCUUCCUUUCCUCUUUUACGUAAAAAAAGUUUUUUUUUUCAUCAUCCCUUUAACUCAGAAAUACAUAAACACAUGAAAGCGAGUUGCAGAAAAUUUUCAGUGAAGACGUACGACAAUGGAGUUCGAUUACGAAGAGCUUGUUAAAGCCACCGAUGGAUUCUCUCCGUCGAGAUUUAUCGGAAAAGGAAGCCAUGGGAGUGUCUACAAAGGUCUUCUUCUCGAACACGAUGAUCAUAGAACCGUCGCCAUUAAAGCACCUUCGUCAUCGUCUCCUUCUCCGACGACGUCGGCGGCGUCUGUCUGUCGUGAUUCAGUCACUGUAAAAGCGGAGAGGAUGAAGAAACUCGAAAACGAGAUCAGGGUUUUGUCGUCUCUUCCUUCCCCGAGUCCACACGUCGUCAGCUUCGUCGGAGCGAGUCGUGACUCAGUGAACGUCAAGCUCAUGGUUAUGGAGUUCAUGCCGAACGGGUCGCUGCACCAUCUGUUACACGUGGCGACCUCUUCUCGUCCCACGUGGCGCCGGCGAUUGGAGAUCUCCCUUCAGGUGGCGCGUGCGCUUAACUUCCUCCACGAGCGAGCCGUCAUCCACCGCGACGUCAAGUCGGAGAAUGUCCUGUUCGAUUCGAGCUGGGACGCGAAACUCGCCGACUUCGGACUCGCCGUGUCGACUCACCUAGCCGACUCAGCCAUUCAGGCGAGUCCGCCGGCGGGGACGAUCGGAUACAUCGACCCGAGCUAUACUUCUCCGGAAAAUCUUACCACGAAGACUGACAUCUUCAGCUACGGCGUCGCUGUGCUGGAGAUCGUGACUUGCAGAAAAGCCAUUGAUCUCUCUCGCUCGCCGGCUUCGAUCGUAGACUGGGCGAUCCCGUUGAUCAACGACGGUAAUGUCCGUGAAAUCUCCGGCGGAGAAUAUCCACCGCCAUCGAUCGAACGUCUUAUUCGGACUGCGGCGAGGUGCGUGUCGGCAACUGCGGAAUCUCGGCCGUCCGCCGGAGAAAUCGUGGCGGAGAUAGCGGCGAGCUUGACGGAGCCACCGAGGAAUGUUUCGCUGUGGAUGAGCGUUUUGCGCGGGCUUGUUGCGAUGAGACGGCGGAGAAAACGGGGAAAGCGUUACAGAGAGUCUCUGACGAAGACGGAGGUUUCGGAGCCAUGGCUGAGUCAAACCUGCCGAGUUAGGUGAAUUAGGGAGGAACGAGUCGAGUCAAAGGGGUUUUUCGAAAGUCAAAACAUUCUUCGAAUUAAAAAAAAUUAAAAAAGAAAAAGAAAAAAGAAAGAGGCGCGUGACAUCCAAGCAGAAGAUUCCCAAGUUGGUGGGAAGUGGGCACGGAAUAUAACGAAGCAUGUCCGUCCUUGUUCAUAGCUACGUGUUUUCUUUUUUUAUAAAUUGUUUUUUUCAGUUUUUAUUUUAUAUUUAUGUUUAAUGCAUGGUCAGUAUAAUAUUA